ACAGACUGCUUCCAGUCAACGGUGUUGGUGUGGGUGCCGUGUGGGUGGCUGUGGCUGACGUCCCCGUUCUACUUCUACUACCUCCUGAACGUCACACCGACAGCGUUGUCAUCACGAUAUAAAUAUAUAGCAAAUAUGAUACUGUGUUCAUGCCUCGUCAUACUCUCUGUCAUACGACUCAUCGACGCCGCAGACAGUUACAACACCAGCACAUUCUCUGCCUUCUUCAUCGCUCCUGCUGUCCAGACAGUUACCUUUCUGUUUGCGAUGUUGAUGCUGCUCCUGGAGAGGAAGAAAGGCCUCAUCACUUCCGGGGUGAUGUUCACCUUCUGGCUGAUGCUCACAGUGGCUGGAGUUGUUCCCUUUUACUCGAUCAUCAUAACAAAGCAAUACGAGCAAAACAUGCUCAAAGUUGUAACCUUCUACAUAUACUACGGGCUAGUGCUGUUACAGCUGAUCCUGAGUUGUUGUGCAGAGACAACAGAAUUGGCUACCCAGGACAAGGAACCGUGUCCUGAACUGAGGGCUUCCUUUCUCUCAAGGAUCACCUUUUGGUGGAUGAACAGCUUAUUAAUGAGAGGAUACCGGAAGGCUUUGACAGAAACAGACAUCUGUGAUAUUCAUCCCGAUGAAUCUUCCGCCCAUACCGUAUCUCGUUUUCUGCCGCGGUGGACGAAAGAGAUAAACAAGUCCAAAAGAAGAACUAAUGCAAGAGAGCGAGGAGACAGCAAAGUGUCAUAUUCUACAACACUUAACGACUCUCUCAGCCUGGAUGCUGCUAAUGAGAAGUCUCCUUUGUUGAUGAAAGAUAAGCCGAUGGGAAUGAAAGAAGCGGAUGUGACAUCCAAUAAAAACCAAGUGUCCCUAACAUGGACACUGUGGAGGACGUUCUGGUUCGACAUAAUACAGUCUCAGCUAUGGAGGCUUGUGAGCAGUCUGAUUAGGUUUGCCAGUCCUUUAAUACUUGGCCAACUCGUUACCUUCACAACAGACAACUCUAUACCCACGUGGAAAGGCUAUGUGUUGUGUGCUGGUCUUUCUAUCGCCACGUUAGCUCAGACAGCCUUUUCUCAAGCUAACUGGCACCAGUCGAGGAAAGUGGCACUGCGGAUUGCUGCUGUCACUAUAUCUGCAAUCUACAGAAAGUCCUUAAAGAUGAGCAACAAGGCCAAGAAAGAGUCGACAACAGGUGAAAUUGUGAACCUGAUGUCUGUGGACGUAGAACAUUUACGGACGUUCAUAUUCUGGGCCUGGGAAUCAUGGUCACAUCCUCUGAAAAUUGCCAUUGCCAUGUACCUCCUGUAUCAGUCUCUGGGAGCAUCCAUGUUCACUGGGAUGGGGGUGUUGCUUGUGUUGUUGCCCGUCAACGUUGUUGCCACGUUACUGUGGAAGAAGUACCAGGCUGAUCUGAUGAAGCAGAAGGACAGGAGGAUGAAGAUUAUGAAUGAAGUACUCAGUGGAAUAAAGAUUCUAAAACUAUACGCCUGGGAACCGUCUUUCCAAAAGAAGAUCCUUGAAGUCCGGAAGCAGGAGCUGCACAUUCUGUGGAAGAUCUCCCUAAUGCAGGUUUUCACCACCUUCUCCUGGACGCUUACUCCGUACCUGGUGUCGUUAGCUAUGUUCGCGACAUAUAUCUUCACAUCAGAAGAUCACUAUCUGGGACCGGAUGUCGUCUUUACAGCCAUAUCACUCUUAAGCAUCGUCAGACUAGCGGUCGUCAGUUUACCCUCUUUCUUCUCAGAUAUGGUUCAGGCGAUUGUGUCGCUGAACAGAAUAUCGAAGUUCCUCAAUGCAGACAAUUUGGACGAGACCCAGAUACAGUGGAACUCCACACAGGAUCCCGCAGUGAAGAUUACAGACGGGUGUUUCCAGUGGUCUUCUGAAAUGGGACCAGCUCUCACAAAUAUUAACUUGACAGUGAAUGAAGACCAGCUUGUAGCAAUCGUAGGUCAAGUUGGAUCGGGAAAAUCUUCUCUUGUAUCUGCAGUAUUAGGCGAGAUGAACAAGGUCAAGGGCUAUGUCAGUCUAAAGAGUCACAUCGCUUACGUACCACAAGUUGCGUGGAUCCAGAACGACACCCUGCAGAACAACAUUCUGUUCGGGAAGCCCAUGGACAGACCGUGGUACAACAAAGUAGUGGAGUGCUGUGCUCUGACUGCAGACCUGGAAAUGUUACCAGCUGGUGAUAUGACAGAGAUUGGGGAGAGAGGUAUCAACUUGAGCGGAGGACAGAAGCAGAGAGUGUCUCUGGCCAGAGCUGUCUACAACGAUGCUGACAUCUACCUGCUGGAUGAUCCACUCAGUGCUGUUGACAGUCAUGUGGGGAAACAUAUCUUUGACAAUGUCCUCAGUAGAAAAGGACUGCUUGCUGGCAAGACUCGUGUCUUGGUCACUCACGGCAUCCACUGGCUCCCAGAGGUGGACUCCAUCCUUGUGAUGACCCGUGGUCAGAUGUCAGAGACAGGGACGUAUGAGGAGCUUCUCCAACAUAACGGGCCCUUUUCUGAAUUCCUGCAGAAGUAUCUUCUUGAGAGCAAUGAUUCCGAUGUCAUCGAUCCUGAAUUAACUGAAAUAAAGAAGAAGGUUCUCCAGAGAAUGGAAUCGGUGAAAUCUGGCGAGGAGACAGAUGAAGAGAGUGUAUCUCUAAUGAAGUCCCUGAUGAAAAGCGUUGAGGCGAAAGAAGUCAAAGUUACGAAAGAGAAAGAACCUGUAGGAGAGAGCAGUAAACUGAUAGAGGAAGAACAAGUGGAGACUGGCAAGAUUACAGCGAAAGUGGUUCUGGCAUACGCCAAAGCUAUCGGCCUUUGGAUUGUUUUAUUUUCUCUCGUCAUGUACGCGUCUUUCCAAGCAAUGUCAGUAACGUCUACCACAUGGCUCAGUAAAUGGACUGACGACAUCUCCCUGAACAACCUCACCAUUCUCCCGUCCAACAGCUCCGAGCGAAUGGAGAAAAACAAUUACUAUCUAGGCAUCUAUGGGGUCUUGGGAGUGGCUCAGACUGUUUUCAUCAUGACAUUUUCCUGUCUGUGGAACCUAAGGACGGUGAAAGCUGCAGGUAUUCUUCAUUUAAACAUGCUGAGCAAUGUUCUGAGGGCACCGAUGUCCUUCUUUGACACCACACCUACGGGCAGGAUUGUCAAUCGGUUCUCCCAGGAUAUGGACACCAUCGACACCAGAAUGCCGAGUUUGGUUGAAUACGCCGGUAACACCAUGUUCCAAGUCCUCAGCAGCAUCAUCGUCAUCUCCUACACCACGCCUAUAUUCCUUGUGGUAGUCAUCCCCCUGGUCAUUCUGUACGCCUUUAUUCAGCGCUUCUACGUCACCACCUCACGCCAGCUCAAACGAUUAGAGUCCAAAGCUCGCUCUCCUAUAUACAACCAUUUCGGUGAGACAUUAUCGGGAGCCAGUGUUAUCAGAUCGUUCCAAGCCCAAUCAAGGUUCAUCAAGGAAUCAGAAGACCGGGUAGACACAAACCAGAGGUUCUCCUCUUACGCCUUUGGUGCUCUCAGAUGGCAAGGUGUACGUCUGGAGGUUAUCGGAAACAUCAUCGUUCUGGCCGCCUCCUUGUUUGCCGUCAUGUCACGUGACACCCUGUCAGGAGGACUUGUGGGCUUGUCGAUCUCCUAUGCUAUUGAGAUAACCGCUAACUUGAACUGGAUGGUGCAGCUGGUGUCAGAAGUAGAGACACAGCUCGUCUCUGUCGAGAGAGUAAAAGAAUAUACAGAUAUAGAUUCAGAGCCACCAUGGAAUAUACCCGAGAGACGUCCAAAUGAUGACUGGCCAGACGCGGGGGUGGUGAAGUUCCUUGACUACUCAACUCGGUACAGAGAAGGCCUUGACCUUGUUCUCAAGGGAAUCACGUGCACUGUGCAUUCAAGAGAAAAGGUGGGCAUUGUGGGCAGGACGGGGGCUGGGAAGUCCUCUCUGACUCUGUCCCUGUUCCGGCUGAUAGAAGCUGCAGGAGGAGAGAUCAACAUAGAUGGCGUUGACGUCAGUACACUCGGGCUGCAUGACCUCAGGAGCAAACUCACCAUACUCCCUCAGGAUCCUGUACUGUUUGCCGGAAGUCUGCGAGGCAAUGUUGAUCCCUUCAACCAGUAUUCAGACAGUCAGAUCUGGCGGGCACUAGAACAUGCUCAUCUGAAGACGUUCGUCGAUACGCUUUCAGACGGACUGGAACACGAAUGCAGCGAAGGAGGUGAAAAUAUGAGUGUGGGUCAGCGGCAGCUUUUAUGUCUGGCCAGAGCUCUCUUGAAGAAGACCAAGAUCCUAGUAUUGGACGAGGCGACUGCAGCCGUUGACGUGGAAACAGAUGACCUGAUCCAGCAGACCAUCAGGUCAGAGUUCAAGGACUGCACGGUGCUUACCAUCGCUCACAGACUCAACACCGUCAUGGAUUACGACAGAAUCCUGGUCUUGGACAACGGCUGUGUAUGUGAGUUUGACACACCCUCGGCCCUGUUACAGCAACCUGAUAGCAUUUUCUACAGCAUGGCCAAAACCGCAGGGUUAACGACAUGAUACGAAACCAUUGGAUUUCAUAUGCUUUAUCUUGAUUAUUUCAGCGACUUCACUUGAACUAGAAAUAUAAGCGACUGCUUUACAGCCUCAUGUUUUAAAUUAAAAUCUAUGAAUAGAUAUGGAAAAGGUAUCGCAACACUGAUUUGUGUACAACGUGAUCUGAGAUGAUAAGUUCUUGGUAUGCGAAAAUGCUGUUAUGUCAUUGAGGACUAUUGCAAGACAUCUUCGUUGCCAUCCAUCGAUUAAUAGUCGAUUGGCCAGAAAACAUCAGCGAGGUUUUGAUAUUAAGGAUCGUCAACGAUCAGGUCGACCGCAAGUGACAACUCUUAUGGAGGAUACAGCAUUUCUAAGAAUCCAGAUCGUCGUUUGUCCAACAGAAUGAUAUAAAUCCAUGCGACCUAUUAGACGUUUCAUCCUCAGAGCACAAAGCAGCACGAACAGCUUGGUGUCAAGCUUGACGUCACUGUAAUUUGACAUAAUUUCUCUUGUUCAUGAUUGGCGGUAUGUGAGUGAUGUUCAUUGAUGCGGAGGCUGGGUGUUGACCUUGUGACAAUGAGAUAAAAUCUGAAUGGACAACGGUACAUCACUGACAUCCUGGACAGUUUUGUUGUACCACAUAUCGAUGACCAUACUUGGAGCACAAGGCUAACCUCCAUGGAAAACAAUGCUAGGUCACAUCGUGCAUGUGCCGUUGUUAAUUUCUAACGUCCCAAGGUUAGCAACUCUACCUUGGCCUUCUAGGAGUCUAGAUCCCAAUCCUAUAGAGCACAUUUGGGACAUAAUAGUUCGCUCAGUACGCUAGUGAGAUUCAUCCAUCAUGCCUCAACAUAUCUCAACGUCAAAUUCAACGUCAGAUGCAGUCAAUAAAGAGGAGGAUCAGGGACGUUACUCCAGUUGGCGGAUGCCGAUAUUGACAUUGUCCUCGGUUAUUGAUACUUAUCUUACCCCACACAUAAAUGUCGCUUUCUGAUUGGCUGAGCGCUCUUCUAUUAUUUUCAAUAUACCCCGCUUACAAGCGAGUAACAUUUCAAUAUA